UCCCAGCGGCGGCGAGAAGCGAUUGGCGGAGGCCCGGGUUUCCCGCGGGGGGUCGACGGGCGGCCGGAGCGAGGGCGAAAGCGAUGCUGCGGCACGGGCGCGUGGAGCUGCGGCGGAUCGAGGACCGCAUCAGCCGGCAGGUGCGCUUCUCCAAGCGCCGCGCGGGGCUCUUCAAGAAGGCCUUCGAGCUCUGGCUGCUCUGCGACGCCGAGGUCGCGCUCAUCACCUUCCCAGCCACCUCUAGCAGCAGUUAUCUUCUCCCUACUACGGCCCUGCAGCACCACCACGCCAAGACUCACCUCGAGCUCGAGCUCCACAACAGCAGGCACCACCUCGCUGCUUCGAUUUCACCCGAGAAAUCGACCUUCACCACCAUGAGGCAACCUCACCUCAUGUCGCCUCCCCCAUCGCCUCCUAGCUCUGACACCAUGAGGAAAUCGAUGUGUGGGGAAAUUUCCAGAGAUACACUCUCUCUGUCUUGA